GCGUUCUCCUCCUCCCCCUGCUGCUCCCAGGUAGGAGACCCCUUGUCUUACCACAGAGAGUCGUGGAUGAUGGAGAAGGACGAGAAGCUGCAGACGGUGCCCGUUCUCCACAUGCAGGGCAACGCUCUGGUCAGGCAGAAACAAUUCAGAGAGGCUGCCAGCAAGUACAAGGAAGCCGUCCUGCUGCUAAAAACAGUGCAGUCCAGGGAGAUGCCAGGUGAUGUAGACUACAUUAACUUGGGGCGAAUGAUUGUCCCCCUGGAGCUGAACUACUGCCAGUGUAUGUUGGAGCUGGAGGAGUACUACGAAGUCAUAGAGCACACGACGGAGCUGCUGGAGAAACACAAAGACUGCGUGAAGGGCUACUACAAGCGGGCCAAGGCUCACGCCGCCGUGUGGAACGAGAAGGAGGCCAGGAGAGACUUCAGUACGGUGGCCCAGUUGGACAUCUCUCUGGCUGCGCUGGUUCGCCGAGAGCUGAAGGAGCUGUCGGAGCGCAUGAAGGAGAAGUACUGGGAGGAGAAGGAGCAGUACUGGAACAUGCUGGAGAAAACGGAGGGCGCCAGUAAACAGGAGGAGGAAGAGCAACAAGAUGAAGAGGAGCAGAAAGAUGAAGGAGCAAAAAAGAAAGAAAGCGACAUUGAAAGUGGCAAAGCAGGAGAGAAAACCGGUUCAUCUGAGAUGAGACGUGUUGAAGAAGCAGAAUCUGGAGAAGAAGAGGUUCGGCCGUCUGAGGGAGCGAAGGAGGAAGAAAGCAGCCGUGCAGAGGAGCUGCAGGCCUGCGAAGAGAUGGAGGGGAAGGACUGGCAGCAGAUGUUACGGCUGGUCAUGUUUCUGCAGAACGAGGGAAACUUCCUCAUCAAAGAGCAACGCUUCCCAGACGCUUCCGCCAAGUUCAAGGAGGCUCUGGGAUACGUGGACUUCUUACAAAACAAGGUGGAUCAACACGGCGAGGACUGGGAGUCGCUGGAGAAAGUGCGCCUCCCGCUCAGCCUCAACCUGAGCCAGUGCAUGCUGGAGCUGAAACAAUACCAGGAGGUGGUGGAGCUGAACAGCCGGCUGCUGAAGACACACAGAGGUAACUUUAAAGCGACGCACCAGAGGGCGCGGGCGCACGCCGCUUUGUGCAACGAGGAUGAGGCUCGAAGAGACUUUGCCACGGUGGAGAAACUGGAUCCAAAGCUUAAACCCUUUGUCCAAAAGGAGCUGAAGAUAUUAGGGGAAAACAUCCGCAAAAUGCACGCCGGCCAGAAGAAGAAUUAUUGGGAAACCACAAAGGAGAAGUGGGGUCCAUUUGGAAGCAGGACCGAGGAUGCAGUAAGAAAGAAAAACACAAACUCUGUCAAGAAAGCCACAGAAAAAAACACUGAGAUGAACAAAAACACUGAAAGUCAUGAAGUUGAAGAGCAGGAGAGCCCAGCAGAACACCGUCCUGUUGAGACUGAAGGAGCGGGCGACACAGAAACAGAAACAGAUCCAGAUUUGAAAGCAGAGCGUCGUGAUAAAGAGCAAACGUGUGGGAGGACGAGUGAAUUGGGGUCAGAUAAAGAAAACCCAGCGAGGGUCGCGGCUCCUGAAGCAGAUAAUCACAAAACAGAUAAAGAUGGUGACCCUGCGUCCACCAGCUCAGAUAAUGUAGUGAGCAGGAGAUCGCGGCACGAUAAAGGCAAGAAGAAGAAGAAGGUCAAACGCCAAUCAAGAAACGCAGCAAAAAGAACAAAGUCAGGGACAGGAAAUGGAGACGGACCAAUAAACUGACGGCAGCCUGUAGAGUCAAAAUCAGAGGUAAAAAGCAAUUAUAUAACAGAGCUGGAAGUGGAAAAACAAAGUCAGGAAAUACUGAUUUUACCACUUUAAAGCCAAAUAUAGACACCUAAAUAAAAUGAAUAUAAACAGCAUGGCCUCAUUCUGAGUUCAGUUGUUUUAUUCAAUCCUCAAAGGGCUUAGAGAAAACACACGCACACAGACGAGCAGUUUGCCAAAUACAAAGUUUUAUUUCUGUACACAAAGAGUAGAAAGCAGCCAGUAACCCACUUAUUACAGUAAAAAGCCUCUCCUCAGAAAACCUCUCACACAGAUUAAAAACUCCCAGGACAAAGUGUUGGACGGCAGCAGGAAAUCAAAACCGUUAAACAAUGGACUUCAAGGUGAUUAAUGAGGUAUAUUAGUGGUGAGUUAAACUGAAGAAGCCUCAGUUCACCCGCGUGAAUCAGUGACUUUAUGUGAGCAGAAACCUGCUGCAUGUUAGACAACAUACAUGAAGGCUGAGCAAACAUGUUCAGACAUGAAUGAACAGCGAUGAUGAUGAUGAUGAUGAUGCAUGUGAGCUUGUUUUUGUUUCUGUCAUGCAACAUGGAGCGUUAGUCGGCACGUUUGUAGAGGUGAUACGGGUCAGAUAAAAAAUAAUCAUAAUUAUAAGUAAAAAUGCAGCAGAGCCUUGUGUUUUUUCUAAAGUGGGGAAAGAAACAUUAUGCGUCUGUGGCAUAAUGCAGCUGCAACGCUAAAACUACCUGGUAACGGUUACCUGGUGGUUUUGGUUUAGUUUAAAAUAUCCUGAAAUAAGACAAACUAACUUACAAUAACUUUUCUAAGCCAAUAAU